AAUGACCCUAGUCACAUGCGCCACCAUGUGUCACGUGAUUAGUCGGCAUUUUUGGAUUUCAGAGCUAUUUUUAAAAUACCUUUUCUGCGCGGUAAGACAAACAUUUUUUGAAUAUCUAAAAAUAACGUUCAAUACGUCUACUCACUAAAUACCUGAGAAGGAGCGAAAGGCAUUUUUUUAAGUGAAAGCAAAAGUUUUGCUAAAAGUUCGAAUGACACAUCACUAAACGCAGUUCUUGACGCUUACCAUGAGUAUGAUAUUAGUUUUUGAUGAAAAAGUUUUUUUAUGGGCGAAAACCGAGUUUUAAUGUGCGAAAAUCCGGUUUUUGCCUCUGAACUUGAAAAUUCUAAAUUUCUCUUUGUAUACUCCAAUACAGUAACUACUUGACUACAUGACGACGCAAAGAUAUCCAAAAAGUUUGUCCUCCCGUUUAGAAAAGAUAUUUCAAAAAUAGCCUUAAAAUCUAAAAAUGAUGCUUCGUCACUGAUCACGUCACGCAUAUGGUAGCCCAUGUGACUAGGGCCAUUGGUAGUCUGUACAUCAAAUUAAGAGUACCCUCCCCUGGCACCGUAAUACUCCUAUUUUCCUCUUUAUCCCUCUUUAAUCGAAGACUCCUCCUCUUUCUACCCUUUUUGAGCGGUUUCUCCUCUUUUUCUGGGAUUUACGCUAUUUUUAGAUCGAAAGUAGUUUCAGAUAUAUUUUUUUAUCAAUGCCGCCAUAUGAAACAAAAUUCGAUCACUUGUAAUUACAGAAAACAGUAGAUGAAGUCCCUGUGAGACGGUGCUAAAAGCAAGGUGCGAAGAAAUCAAAAUUCGGUAAAAAGAGCAGAUUUAUCGGCUGCACAAGUGGCACAUGCCUUAAUUACUGUUGGAAAUGAGAAGUCAACAUUGAUUAGUCAAGAAAUAACAAAAGUAAUGAAAGAAGUAUCAAAAAUUCAGCAGAAACGAAAACAUACUGCUCAUGUACAGUCAAAUAAAAAACAGAAAUUAGCUCAAGAACAGUCAAAAAAUAAUAGUGAUCAGAAGAAUAUUCCAUAG